AUGGCGAAAGGCAGCUCGAUGUGGACUGACCAACUCGUGUCGUUGCUCGGCCUGGACAAGGAGACGGUCAACGUGCAGAUCCUCCCGUUUCUCGACUCGUUUGACGAUCAAGCAUCGCUAUGUACGCAUCUGCAAGGGUUGGUCGGAACUGAGACCCCUCUCGCCAAAUCCUUUGUUCGAGACUUUACGCGUUCGCGCUUUCCUCAACAGCCAAGCACCUCGGGAUCGACCACACCGACUUUGCGCUCAGCAACGACGGGUGACGGCACAGCACACGUGACAGCUCCGAAGAAACGCGGGAAGCGAACGCUUGCAGAGCGAGCUGGGAUUGGGCACACCCUAGCUCCGAGGAAGCUACAGGAGUCUGAUCUGGAUGAGCAAGAGCAUAUGGCUAGGCUUUCAGAGGCGUUCGGUGGGAUGGGGACGGUGUACAAGAAGAAACAGGAUCAAGACGAUUUCUUUGUAGGUACGGCAAAGGGUAAGAAGGCAAAGCAACCAGGAUCGAGGCAGAUAGCAUCUGUCAGAAGCGUCGAUGCACCAGCUCGGCACCAGUCGGACCUCACUGCAGCUGCUAAGGCUAGUCCAGACGAGACACUUUAUACAACCUCGAUCAUCGAUCACGACGAGACGUCUACAUCCCCUUCACUAGCCAAGUCGCAGCCUUCUCCACCACCGACAAGCGAGAUGCUCGCCAUCGACGCCGUCAUCGAGGAGCUCACUUCUACGUCGGCUUUCGACUCUUCCUCUUCGACGUUGACCGCAAUGCCUCGCAAAAUGUGUUUCUGUCAAGGUCGUCGACACCCACUAGCACCAUAUGCACCGCUGUGCUAUUCGUGCGGACUCAUCUUGUGCUCUGCAUUGCAUCCGUCACCGCUUAGCCUGCUCUCCUCAUGCCCAUCGUGCUCAACCUCACCUCUGCUAGGAGCGUCAGCGCGCUCCGAUCUGGUGAAUAAGCUCAGCGCCGAACGAGAGGUUCUGUUCGAGCAGCAGUUGCUGCAGAUCCAGCUGCAACGAGAACAGAAGAAAAUCAACAAGGCGAGCGCACACAGUGCUAGAGAGGAAGAGGCUGCUCUCUUUCCACAGCUGGGUAAGGAUGCUUCUACUGCAGCAGCGGCAGGGUCGAGCGUACCGCAAGCAGCACCGGUGAUGGGCAAGCAUGGCGCGCUUCAAAAGGCCAGAGCGAUCGCGGGCGAUGCACAGAGGACGGCGAAAGUUUUAAGCUUGGAUAUGAAGACGCACAAGGUCAAGACACAUACCAAGGUGACCAGGCCAAAAGCGGUUGUUCAGCCAGAAGCGAGCGUGGUGGACAGCCAAGCACAGAAGGAGCAGGAUGUAAACAAGGAUCCGUUCGUGGGUUUGGACGGGUCGACACUUGUCAAGAAUGAGAUGGAUGAUGGGUUGAGCGGCGAGCGGGGAAGGAUGUCGAGGGUGAGAUUUAACUUGGAAAAGGGAGCGCAGGCGAUUCCGUCACGAGAAUGGUGCUUUUCUGGCGCACCGUUCACGCUGAGACCCACGGCGCGUUCAUACUAG